AUGAGUUCCGAGAAAAACUACCUGUUGGAAGUUUCUAUGGAUGAUGGUAAAAACUUGGUGACUUUUACCGUCAAGGCGCGGCCAUCGCGUUUUUACAAGUACGUCCGAAUUCCAUUGGCGUCCGUGCUCAUUGCAUAUCUCUUACCCCAGAUGUAUAAAGUGCUACAACAAUCUAGAACUUCUGCAUACGAAAUAUCUAGACUUUUCAAGCUGGACAUAUUCACAGUUGAAAGAUUCGACCAAUCGCACUCUGUGGUUCUCUUUUUAGUGGGUUUUUCAGUUGUGGUUCUCCUCUCGCUCCAAGAACAAUCAGAUAGUCUUAUGGUUAUGGAAGAUAUGGGAAUUCAAUUAAGCAGCCGUAAGAGAUGGCGGUUUGAUAACCGUGGAAGCAACAAAGAGUUCAUUCCCAGGUCUGAUAUCAUCGAUAUUGUUAUUCAUGAGGGAUUCCACGGAUACGGACAAGUGAUCUUCUAUAUGUGCAUCUUGACGAAAGCGCAAGAGAGGAGCGGAUCCGAAGGAAACGGAAUCAAGGUGGUUUUUCCCAACUUUCUUCCGAGGAAGGACAUUUUGUUGCAAGUUUGGAAGCUGAGUAGGAAGAUGCUUUACGGGGAGACACGAAGGCAUUUCCGGCGAGUUCCCGGGCAAGGACUUCGGGAAGUGAAGCAUUUACAUGAAUAG